CGACAGUUAUCAAUUUGCAAUCGCACUGGAGGCAGGAGGAAAGGGUCGUUCUUUUAUCAUUCGAUUUACUAGAUCUACUAGAACCAUCUAUGUGUCGUUGUCGAAUCAGUGCUACUCCAACAUGUUUUUCGGAGUCUUUUAUCUUAUCGCCUCUGUGAUAAGACCCCUUUUGCAAGCACACACCGGCACUGCUUGGCCACUCGCCUCGGAUCGUAUUUAAACCCGGUUGCCUUGUCCGGUUUGGUUAUCAUUCGUGAAAGGACAAUCGGCGAGCGAGACAGUAAGAACCAGCAGUGUAACUAGACAGGAUGCGCGUGCUAGUGGUCGCGGUGCUAGUCGCGGUGGCGUUUGCCAGCCUUGCCGUGGCACAGUUCAACCCCCAUCAGUGGGCCGAUCGGAGUGGUAUCGUGCAUCUGUUCGAAUGGAAGUGGAACGACAUUGCGGCCGAAUGCGAAAACUUCCUCGCACCACGUGGUUACGCCGGUGUGCAGGUGUCUCCACCGACGGAGAACGCCAUCAUCGGAGGUAACUUCGGGCGUCCGUGGUGGGAACGGUACCAACCAAUGUCCUACCAGCUCGUAACGCGCUCCGGCAGCGAGGCACAGUUCGCUAGCAUGGUCCGCCGGUGUAACGACGUCGGUGUGCGCAUCUACGUCGAUCUGGUCAUCAACCAUAUGGCCGAUCUGGCGGGUGGUGGCGGUACCGGCGGUAGCACGGCCUCCCGCCCCGACUUCUCCUUCCCCGGGGUACCGUUCAGUCGGCUCGACUUCAAUGCCCCCUGUCGGAUCUACAACUACAACGAUGCGAUCGAGGUGCGCAACUGCCAGCUCGGUGGACUGCCCGAUCUGAACCAGGGUGUCGCGUGGGUACGCGACAAAAUCGUCGAACUGAUGAACCAUCUGAUCGGGCUCGGGGUGGCCGGUUUCCGUGUCGAUGCCGUCAAGCACAUGUGGCCCGGCGAUCUGCAGGCCAUCUACAGCCGCAUGAACAAUCUGCCAACAUCGCACGGAUUUCCGGCCGGCGCUAGGCCCUUCCUUACGCAGGAGGUGAUCGAUCUGGGCGGUGAGGCGGUGACGCGCGAUGAGUACACGCACCUCGGUACGGUGACGGAGUUCCGCCAUUCGGCCGAAAUCGGACGGGUAUUCCGGGGACGGAACGCAUUCCGGCAUCUCACCAACUGGGGCACCGGCUGGGGCUUCCUGCCAUCCCAUCUGGCGCUGGUGUUUGUCGACAAUCACGAUAACCAGCGUGGCCACGGGAGCGGUGGUUCGGAGGUGCUAACGCACCAGGUACCAAGGAACUACAAAAUGGCGACCGCGUUCAUGUUGGCCCAUCCGUUCGGUAUCGUGCGCGUUAUGAGUUCGUUUUCGUUCACGGACACGGAGCAAGGGCCACCGCAGGAUGCGUCCGGUAAUCUGCUGUCGCCGACCUUCAACCCGGACAACAGCUGUGGACCGGGUUGGGUGUGUGAGCAUCGGUGGCGUCAGAUCUACAACAUGAUCGGUUUCCGGAAUGCCGUCGCCGGGACGCAGAUUAACGAUUGGUGGGACAAUGGUAACUUUCAGAUGGCGUUCUGCCGUGGCAAUCGGGGCUUUAUUGCGUUCAAUUUGGAGUCGUUCGAUCUGAACCAGAACCUCCAGACGUGCCUACCGGCCGGUGCCUACUGUGAUGUGAUUUCGGGCGAUCUAGUGAAUGGUGCGUGUACCGGGAACACCAUCACGGUAGGCGCUGACGGUCGUGCCCAGAUUGUGCUGCCGGCGAACGCUUACGACGGGGUCCUAGCAAUUCACGCCAACUCGCGUGUUUAGGUGGAAUGCUGCUCCUGUCCUGGACAACGUGGUGAUGAAAACUAGCUUCUAACUAGCCCCUAAAAUCGUUGCAUGACUAAACUGAUCCUCAAUCAUUAACAUUGAAAUGCGAGCCGCGAUGCUUUCUACAGAAAGAAAAUGAUGACUGAUGACGCGACCACUUGAUGCAACUGCUGCUGCUGCUGCUGCUGCUCCAUCCAUUAAGACAUCAACAAUCGAAUGACACUAACGACAACCGAGA